AUGGACCAGUACGGCGUGAGCUUCUACGGCGCCGGUACCGCCGACGUCGGCCAGUUCAACGGCGGGGGAGCGGAGUACGCGACGGUGACGUCGGCGCCGCCCAAGCGGCCGGCGGGGCGGACCAAGUUCCGGGAGACGCGGCACCCGGUGUACAAGGGCGUGCGGCGGCGCGGGCCCGCGGGGCGGUGGGUGUGCGAGGUGCGCGAGCCCAACAAGAAGUCCCGCAUUUGGCUCGGCACCUACGCCUCCGCCGAGGCCGCGGCCCGCGCACACGACGUCGCCGCGCUGGCCCUGCGCGGCCGCGCGGCCUGCCUCAACUUCGCCGACUCCGCGGACCUGCUCCAGAUCGACCCGGCCACGCUCCGCACCCCCGAGGACAUCCGCGCGGCCGCCAUCGCGCUCGCCGAGGCCGCCUGCCCCCACGACGCGUCGGCGUCUUCCGCGUCGUCGAUGGCCGAGGCGUCCGCGCCGGCACCGGCGAUGACGCACCAGGGGAUGGGGAUGGGGAUGCAGGACGCGGCCGCGGCGAUGGCGCAGUACAACGACUACACGAUGUACGGCAACAUGGGGGACUUGGACCAGCAUUCGUACUACUACGAGUACGACGGGAUGGGCGGCGCCGGCGCGGCCGCGGGUGGCGAAUGGCAGAGCAGCUCGCAUAUGGACGGAGUCGACGACGACGGCAGCGGAUACGGCGCCGGCGAGGUCACGCUGUGGAGCUACUGA